AUGGGCAAAACAGCGAUCCUCGUGUAUCUAGUCGUUCCUGCCGCUUUGUCCGUCGCUCUUUUUUGGAGUGACGCGGUGGCGGCGCAUUUGCCCAACGACAGCAGAGUUCUCUUUCUGGAAUUCUGCGUGACGCACGGCCUUCUCGCUGGAUUGGCAUACUUGACGAGGGCCGUUUACGUGUUCAUCUACAGCCCGCUCGUAAUCUACGGCGAUGAGGGAAGAGAUUCAUACUUCAUAGAAAAAGGGCAGGCAGGGAUAAACAGGGAAGAUGCCAUUGCAGCGAUGAAGCGAUCGCGGAAAAUCGAAGACAUGCCACCUGUGUAUCCCAACGGUUGGUUCAUUGCCUGUACCUCAGCGUCGCUGAAGAAAAUGGAGACGAAAUACGUUCACAUGCUGGGUUUGAAUCUGGCUGUGUUUCGUGGGGAGAGUGGCCGGGCUUACAUCAUAGAUGCCUACUGCCCUCACCUGGGCGCUAACCUGGCAGUUGGGGGGAAAGUGACCGGGGAGUGUAUAGAAUGUCCGUUUCACGGCUGGACGUACCAAGGAGAGGACGGCAAGUGUGUUAAGAUCGCCUACGCAGACAAAGUGCCAGACUUUGUCAAGGUUCCAACCUACCGGUCCAUGGAGAUUAACAAUAUGAUCCUGCUGUGGUACCACGCUGAGGGAGAAGAGCCGUCCUGGUACCCGCCCGAGUUGGAGAAAAUCAAGAGUGGGGAGAUGACCUUAGACGGUACCUUUGAGUUUUACGUGGACUGCCAUAUCCAGGAUGUCGCGGAAAAUUCCGCCGAUGAGGCGCAUUUGCAGUACCUGCACGGACCGUAA